UCAAAUGUCUGAAAUAACGUUCAGGAAGUCAAUCAUUCUGCUGCUUUUAAGAGGCCAACUUUCAGAGCUGCAUGUCUUGCGAUGCACCUUUCAAUGGGACAACAACGCAUACGAUCCUUCAGCGGCACUGGACCCGGGUUGUUGUGACAAGUCUGAGGAGCUUUCAUUACGCUUGAACUCCGGGAUAAGACUGCAACACCGCAUCCCAGGAACAGAGGUGCAGAUUGCUAUUGGAUCUGGAUGGCCAGUGAUUUUGGAUAUUAGCAGAGACCGAACAAGGAGAGUGAAAAUGCCUCGGUCCUUCUUGGUGAAGAGUAAGAAGGCGCACAGCUACCACAAGCCUCGGUCCUUAGAAGAUGACUACAGUAGACUGGAUACUAUCUUAGCUCAUAUAUGUGCAGGAGGCGAUGCCAUCCGCGGGUUCUCCCCAGACUCUCACCUAGUGGACACGGCUGACUUCUCCUCCAAGUCCACACUCAGCUGUGGGGACAGUGUGUGCAGUCCAGCUUCAGUUUAUGAAGACUUCUGGCGGCCUCCAUCGCCUUCGGCAUCACCAGUAGAUUCAGAGAAAUCCCUGUCUCCCCCGGUGGACGAGACACAACCCUUCCCCGUUGUUCCCUUCCGGCCCUAUGCGUGGAACAGUUACUCUGGUUCGGACAUCCGUCACCUGGUCCAGCAGAGUCUCCAUCACCAGCACCCCCACCCCAUGGACUUGAAGAGAAGCCCGGAGCUAGGGUACUACAGCGACCGGGCCAUUGAACCAACACUCUUUAACAGAAGUCCGGUAGCAGAAAAUGACAGUGAUUACCGGUCCGCUGCCGGUCUGUUCGAGAGAGCUGCCGCCCCCGGGGUAGGGUUGUAUUCUGAAAGGAACCUGUACGGGGAAAGCCCAGAAAUCAAGGCUGUGUCUGACUUACCCUGCUCACGGUUCAUUCUGAAUGGUACCUACAAGUGCACCAAAUGCAGUAAGGCGUUUUCGACUCCCCAUGGGUUGGAGGUCCACGUUCGCAGAUCACACAGUGGCACGAGGCCCUACGCUUGUGAUAUCUGUGGCAAAACCUUCGGACAUGCUGUCAGCCUCGAGCAACAUAAAGCUGUGCACUCUCAGGAAAGAAGCUUUGAUUGCAAAAUAUGCGGUAAAAGCUUCAAAAGGUCAUCGACUCUCUCCACGCAUCUCCUCAUCCACUCUGAUACACGGCCUUACCCAUGCCAGCAUUGCGGGAAGAGGUUCCACCAGAAAUCAGACAUGAAGAAACAUACAUUCAUCCACACAGGUGAGAAGCCGCACAAAUGCCAAGUGUGUGGGAAAGCGUUCAGCCAGAGCUCCAACCUCAUAACUCACAGCCGGAAACACACGGGCUUCAAACCAUUCGGAUGCGACCUCUGCAGCAAGGGAUUCCAGAGAAAAGUCGACUUAAGAAGACACAAAGAGUCACAACAUGGACUAAAACCCUCAAACUAAAAUCAAAUAAAAGAAUGGGCACCAAACACUAUAAAACAAAACACUUGUUUUGGAAACCAGAAAUAAGCUACUGUAGCUAUCCAUUCCUCAAACAUUUCAGACUGUGAUUUACUGGUGGAGAGUUAUAGAGGCUUUUGUGCAGUGUAGGUUAAGACAAAACCGGGUUGAACUAGGGAGGGACACUAUCUGAACCCAAAAUAUUUGUACAAAAUAACCAGAUAGGUAAUAACCCCAAAGAAAGCGCGUUAACAAAAACAACAGACGACCAAUUUCCAACGGACAAUUGGGAAAAUAGACCUUGUCUAAAGAAUGACAGACACUUUGUUUAGUUGGACGCCAUGGAUGCUGGCACAAACAGUCACUACAAUAAGGCUAUGUGAUUUAAUAAACAAUGGUUGUGUAUUUAUUUUAAAAACAAUGUUAUUUUCAUUUUUUUCUUCUUAGAAUUCAAAUAGCACAUUUGUAUUUUAUAUUAAGAAUAUCAACUAUACGGUAUAUCCAGGUGUCAUUUACUACAAUGUCAAACCUUAUUUAUUAAUCAGAUUAUCGUUUAAAUAUAAUAUGAAAACUGCAAUCCAACAGAUUUCGAGAGGUUUUUGUUUCGUUUCUAUGUAGCCUAGUGCAUUAUGUUCCAAGCUGCAACAUCCUGCAUAGGCCUAUCUGAAUUAUUUGAAGGACAACCAACGCAAAUAUAUAUAUUUUUUAAAUUUGUAUUCUAACUCAGAUUAUCUGGAUUCGUUGUAGUAGGCUAGUCUAGACUAUUGGUACAACUAACAUUGUUACAUUUUAGAGACAGAAUAAACCCCAUUGAAAUGUGUCUUGGAGGGGGACCUGUGAUAAUGUUAAUUUGAGGCAAUUAAUUUUCGUUGAAUUUAAUAGUUUAAUCCUUUAUUACUAUUAUUAUUAUUAUUAUUAGGGAUAUAUUCAUUCUGUAACGCCGAAGCGUUACAGAUUCAGCGAUAGAAAUGUCAAGUUAAUUUAAAUCAUGCUGUAAAGCUGAAACUUCGCGAUGCGGAUGUUAUAGAGCCCUUAUACUAUAUUUCCACUGUGUGGAUAGUGAUUGUCCUCGUGGUUAACCUUCAGUGAUUUUUCAUAGAAAACAUGUCUCUCCUGUAUUCAUUGAGGGGUAUAAUAUUAACCGAAAAACUUGGCUGAGCACAAAUUGAUAUGACGUUUCUUAAUUUAAAACAUACACGAAAAAGCACCUACAGCGGCUUGGUGUUUUCUCCACGCCAUGGAAUAGGUCUGUAUAAAGUGCUUUUUUGCCGUUGGCUAUUUUACUGGACAUCUGAGAGGCGACCACACAUUAAGUCGAGUAUCACAAGGAAGGUCUUCAAGUGCCUUCCAACUGGUAGGGUUAUGUUCCCCCAUUAUUCAUUAAUCAAACCAGGUUGUGUUUUCUUCUCGUUUUUAUCUGAACCACCCAGAAGGGCAGUUUUCUAAAGCCAUAGAGUUGAUUGCUUAAUCAUCUAUCUAUCAAAUAAUUUCGUUUAGAAUGAAGAAUCAGAUGCUUAAAAUAUUCGGCUAAUUUAUAUAGAAUUUAAAAAAUGACAUCCACGAGUAAAUUUUGCUUUUUGUCAUGGUGAAAUAAAUUAAAUAUAAUUUUAUGUGGAAAAAUAUAGGGGAUAGAAACUCAAUUCCACCAAUACCUAGGCUACAGGAUGCUGCUGCGUUUCAUCAGACUUAAACUCCUAUAAACAUUUGGUUUGUUUUUACCAAGGCAGUAAGGAGUUAUUUGUUUAGACCUCAAACGUUGCCUGAGCAUAUUACACGUUAACCAAAUGGUAUGUAAACUUUGGCCACUCUGCGUAAAGCUCAAGUUGGAAACAGGACCAGACAGGAUUGAUUUCCGCAGGUGGAACUAAAGACCCAUCAAAAAGCGUCACAUAGCAUGGCUGGAGGGCAUCGACUGUACACCACCUCUGCCCGAAACACAGCUUGUAAGCGCAAGAGCAGGAAGGGGGGACACAGGUGUAUGUGUGGGCUACUGUUAUCCCUUUGUAAUUAGCAAUUUGCUAACAUAGAAUGAGGGCAGCUAUAAAAUGAGAGAAUGAACAGCAACAAGAAACUAAACAACUAUACAAGUUACCCAGUUAUAUAAAAUAUAAAAUUAAUCAUAAUCAUGAACUUUAAAAAGAAACCGUCAAUGUAUAUUUACAUUCCUUUAUAGCUAAUGUUCCUAUAGGCCUGACAAGCUGUAUAUAUACUCUACAUUUCAAAAGUUUGGGGUCACUUAGAAAUGUCCUUUUUUUUUAAUUACAUUUUUUGUCCAUUAAAAUAACAUCAAAUUUAUCAGAAAUACAGUGUAAACAUUGUUAAUGUUGUAAAUGACUAUUGUAGCUGGAAACUGCAGAUCUUUAAUGGAAUAUGUACAUAGGCGUAAAGAGGCCCAUCAUCAGCAACCAUCACUACUGUUUUCCAAUGGCUUGUUGUGUUAGCUAAUCCAAGUUUAUCAUUUGAAAAGGCUAAUUGAUCAUUAGAAAACCCUUUUGCAAUUAUGUUAGCACAGCUGAAAACUGUUGUUCUGAUUAAAGAAGCAAUAAAACUGGCCUUCUUUAGACUAGUUGAGUAUCUGGAGCAAGUACUUUCUUCUAAAACUCGUCAGUCUAUUCUUGUUCUGAGAAAUAAAGGCUAUUCCAUGCAGGAAAUUGCCAAGAAACUGAAGAUCUUGUACAAUGCUGUGUACUACUCCCUUCACAGAACAGCGCAAACUGUCUCUAACCAGAAUAGAAAGAGGAGUGGGAGGCCCCGGUGCACAACUGAGCAAGAUCACAAGUACAUUAGAGUAUCUAGUUUGAGAAACAGAUGCCUCACAAGUCCUUAACUGGCAGCUUCAUUAAAUAGUAUCCGCAAAACACCAGUCUCAACAUCAACAGUGAAGAGGCGAUUCCGGGAUGCUGGCCUUCCAGGCAGAGUUGCAAAGAAAAAGCCAUAUCUCAGACUGGCCAAUAAAAAAAAGAUUAAGAUGGGCAAAAGAACACAGACACGGGACAGAGGAACUCAUCCAGGAGUCGACUCUUCACUGUUGACGUUGAGACGGGUGUUUAAUGAAGCUGUCAGUUGAGGACUUGUGAGGUGUCUGUUUCUCAAACUAGACACUCUAAUGUACUUGUCCUCUUGCUCAGUUGUCCACCUGGGCCUCCCACUCCUAUUUCUAUUCUGGUUAGAGCCAGUUUGCGUUUUUCUGUGAAUGGAGUAGUACACAGUGUUGUACGAGAUCUUCAGUUUCUUGGCAAUUUCCUGCAUGGAAUAGCCUUCACAUCUCAGAACAAGAAUAGAUUGACGAGUUUCAGAAGACAUUUCUUUGUUUCUGGCCAUUUUAAGCCUGUAAUCGAACCCACAAAUGCUGAUGCUCCAGAUACUCAACUAGUCUAAAGAAGGAGAGUUUUAUUACUUCUUUAAUCAGGACGACAGUUUUAAGAUGUGCUAACAUAAUUGCAAAAGGGUUUUCUAAUGAUCAAUUAGCCUUUUAAAAUUAUAAACUUGGAUUAGCUAAUACAACGUGCCAUUGGAAAACAGGAGUGAUGGUUGCUGAAAAUGGGCCUCUGUAUGCCUAUGUAAAUAUUCCAUAAAAACAAUCUUCCAUUUCCAGCUAGCAGUGCCUACACUGUAUUUCCGAUCAAUUUGAUGUUAUUUUAAUGGACAAAAAACGUGCUUUUCUUUCAAAAACAAGGACAUUUCUAAGUGACCCCAAACUUUUGAACGGUAGUGUAUAUUAGUCAAUUAGACAAAAUGCCAUAUAUUGGGAAGGCCUUUAGCCUACAUCAACGUCAUCAUUUCAUCUCGAUACAGAACUUAAUCAGGAAGUGCUUAUUCCUCUACAUUGAUUGAAAUCACUGACUCACAAGGAUGUUACACGCCUCACUUCACUCAAAUCUUACAACGUUCAGGCCUGCAAAAAUACUGAAUAUUUUAAACCCCCUGAAGAACAGACUGAGGAGUACAGGAAAAUGUCUGCUUAUUUAACAAAUGUGGGAGAAAGGCCAAAGGGACGCAGUGGCGACCCAUUAUUCAGGGCAGAGCCCCACCUGUUUUGAGCCCUACAUUUUAAGCAAAAUGAAUAAAUAUAAAAUAAUAAUACAUAUAUUUUUUGUGUGUGGGGGGGUUGCCUGUUUUGCAUGUUAUUUUGGCAUGAAUAUGUGACACAUAUGUUUGCAAACAAUGUAAAAAAUAAUAUAUAUCAUUGAGUUAAUAAAGCCGCAUACAAACAGGA